GAACUGCGCACGCGCACUGAGCGACCCGGAAGAGGAGCUGCGCGGCUCGUGACCGUUUGUUGUUCCAGUGAAUCUGGAAAUCAAACUGGGAUGAAACGAUGACGCUUCACUUCACUAAAGAUGUGUUACCGGAAACCGUGAGCAGCGACUUCCAGAACCUGAACAAACUCAACGAGCAGCAGUUUCACCGUCUGAUUGAAAUUCUGUUCCAGUUCCUCCUGGAGCCUAAAGAGACGGAGAGGUUCAUGCAGCAGCUCACGGACUUCGCGGGGGAACAGGGGAUGAGCGCCGCUCCUCUGAGGAACCUGAUGAAGAGCGUCCUCCUGGUGCCGCAGGGAGCCCUGAAGAAGAACCUGGCAGCUGAGCUGAUCGGAGAGGACCUGGUCACGUUAGGACUCAGCGAGGACAAGGCGUCUCACUUCUCACAGCAGUGGGCGGAGCACCAGGAGGCGCUGUCCCGACAGGCGGUCAGUCAGGCGCUGAUGGUCAACCAGCUGCUGGACAUGGAGUGGAAGUUCGGAGUGACUGUGGGAACCAGUGAGACACAGAAAGUGGGAAACAUCUACCUGCAGUUGAAGCUCGUGGUCAGAAAAGGGAAUUCCACUGAAAACGUCUUCAUGGAGCUGACACUCCCUCAGUUUUACAACUUCCUGCACGAGAUGGAGAGAGCCAAGGCCAGCAUGGAGUGCUUCAGCUGAGGGGGGGGGGCUCCUACAGCUGAUCUUUGUGAGGACCAGGUUGAGAGUCCGGCUGCUCCUCACUUUGUGACCCUCCUUUAAUAAACUGCUGUGGGUUGGAA